CUGAACAGCCCUCAACAACAUGAUGCAAAUACACGUACAGCCAUCAACUAAUCCCUCAACCUCUUCUCUCCCUCUCAGACAAACAGUACCCAUAUCCCCACCCCUGUCUUCUCGUACCACUCAUUCCGCCCGGCACUAAGCCCACCCUCGAUUCUUAUCAUUUCGCUUCAUUAUACCAUCAUGCCCAGUAACUUAAAACGCCAAUCAAUCACACUUGAAGUCAUCAGUGGAAAAAAUCUUAAAAUGCCUUUCCAGCGCAUACCCGCAGGCAUUUACGUGUCCAUCAAUGUCGACUCAAGGAGACGCUGGAAAUCAGCCGUCAGAGUCUUAUCAUCCGACGAUUCUGUAGCGUGGGGAGAUACUGUGACCCUAUCAUCCCAUGAGUCACCUGCAUUGUCAGCGGAGAUCAGAGCGUCCUACGAGGUCGACCGAAUGCUUGGCAAUGGUGAAGUCAUUGGAAAACUUCAAACAUCGUGGGAUGAGCUGCUCGGUCACGGAGAUGAGCCAUUCGAACUGUCCUUCCCACCCGUUCGUGGUGUCAAUCCUUCGCUCACACUGAAGGUCACUGUUGUACACACUAACGAUAAUCAGGACGGCACACUAUUUGAUUCCCUCGUAGACUGCGAGAUUGCUCAAGAGACAGAUGCGGGCCACGCACGAUUUGCUGAAUACAUGUCCAGCAGGACGGUCUCUCACCUGAAUGAUGCUUUACAGCAUUUUCAGUUGGUUCUUGACCGCCGUCCGGUUGACCAUCCUGACCAUGCAGCGGCUCUCACCAACCUCGCGUGGGCCCGCCUUCUAGGCUAUAUUCUAAACGAUCUUCAAGACAUUGAUACCACCACUUCCCUCUUCCACAAAGCCCUUGCAUUGCGUCCACAGGGCCACGGAGAUCACACAUUAUCUGUCCAUAAUCUCAUUUUCGCAUUGAACUGGCGUUACAGCAAGGAGCCCACCGCUGUCUAUAUUCGUGAAUCCCUGCAACUAUGCUAUAAGCUACUGCCCCUCUGUCCAAAGGGCACCUACCUUCGUGGCAUUGUAGACAGUGCGGUCCUUUUUGUGAUCAACAGAUCCAACAAUCUUCCGAUUGAUGCAUCUGAUGAAGGCAUCCACCUUCGACGAGUCGUGCUCGAACUCUGUCCUUUGGGUCACCAAUUCCAUCCACAAGCACUCUACAUGCUUUCAUUGGCUCUCAGCACACACUUUCAACAAUGUGGCAGUAGUGAUGAUAUAGACGAGAGCAUACAGCGUGGUCGUGAAGCCGUCUCUCUGAGCCCCGAGGGACAUUCUGAACAUGGUAUCUACCUGAACAACUUGGCCUUCUCACUGCAUCUCCGCUUCGAUCACGAAGGCAAAUCACAUGACCUUGAUGAGGCCAUCUCUUGGUGCGAAGAAGGACUGCGCCUGCGUCCUGUUGGGCACCAACGACGUUAUCACUCAUUGGACAACCUAGGGUCCGCCCUCCGCACCCGUUCCAAAGAACGUGGUGACGUUGAUGAUAUCAACCGAGCUGUCAGCCUCUAUCGCGAGGCACUGACGUUGCGCCCACCUGGGCAUCCAUGUCGUGACAUCACGCUUAACAACCUUUCCGAUUCGCUCCAAUACAGAUAUGACCAAUUACACGUCAUUGAGGAUCUUCACGAGGCCAUCAAUCUGUGUCGCGAAUCCAUUCGGAUAACGCGGCUUGAUCAUCCAGAGCGCCAUAUGCCUCUUUUCAAUUUGAGCUUAGCACUCUGCUCUCGUUUCAGGCAAACUGGGAAGAAUGAAGAUAUCGAGGAGGCCAUUCAAGUCUGCCAUGAAUCGUUGGUGGCAUUGCCUUCACUGCACCCACACAGGACUUUCAGCCACCUGCGGCUGGAGCAAGGCCAUAUGGCUCGUUACGAGGUACAACACGAUCCAGCUGAUUUGUCACUCGCAGUGGAGAACUUUAGACUGGGAUCACAACACCCCACUCAAGGAUUCCCAGAGCGCAUCGGUCAAGCAUAUAAUUGGACUGUUGUAGCGGAGCAACAUGGUCAUGGAUCUGCACUGGAGGCUUACUCAAAUUUUUUCGAGCUUCUGGAUGCUCAUUUGAGAACGCGGUCAUCGCCGGCUUCACGGCGUGAAGCUGCUGCUGCAUUCAAGUUUGAUAUCUCAAGACUACCUGUGAAUGCAGCAUCAUGCGCCAUACGCCGUGACAACCUACGACACGCAGUCGAACUGGUGGAGCAGGGCCGUGGCCAACAGUGGUCAUUGGCCUCUCGCCUGAGGAGUCCACUCGACGACCUCCAGUCUUCGAAUCCCGAGAUAGCUCACAAAUUCUCGGAGCUCAGCAAACACCUUUCUGAUGCCCAGGGUUCCGUAGGCAGCACAGACCGAGCUGCUGCUGAUCGAGCAGCGACAGAGUAUAAGAGACUUGCAAGGCAAUGGGAAGCUGUGGUAGCUGAGAUACGUAAUCUUCGAGCUUUUUCGCGAUUCCUGCUCCCGCCAUCGUACACGGAGUUGCAAGCAGCAGCGCGCCAGGGCCCGGUCAUCAUCCUCAUUGCCAGCGAAUACUCGUGCAGCGCCAUCAUUGUCCCGACAUCAGGAGAGCCCCAUCACGUUCGCUUCCAGCGCAUCACUCUCUCCCAUCUGGAGAAGCUCAAGGACGAUUUCGCUACGGCAAUCCGGCAUACGGCUCGUAUGCGCCCAGAGGAGCCGAGGAAGAAGUUGCGAGUGCUCUUGCGGAUAGUGUGGGACGAGAUCAUGCUACACAUCGUUAAUGUCCUCCAGUAUGACCUGAAAUUGCAGCAUCGGUCUCGAAUAUGGCUGUGUCCGACGGCGGCCUUCACGUCCAUCCCUCUCCAUGCAGCCAACCCCUUCCGAAUCAACUCAGAUCGCUCUGGGAAGGAGUCAUGCCUGGAGGAUCUCUACAUCUGCUCAUAUACACCCACACUUUCAGCUCUUAUUAGAGCUCGGCAGGCGACGAAGACACGUGCGACUCCCUCCUUCGCGGCGAUCGGACAAAGUCAACCAGGCGCAGGGCAAGGCGACGUGCUCCCGGCUGUCGACAGCGAGCUUGAGCUUGUCCAUACACUCGUUCCUCCCAACAUCAAGUUCACUAAUAUGUCGAAAGACGAAGCCACACGUGCAGGUGCGCUCAAUGCUUUGCAGUGCAACACCUGGGUGCACCUCGCUUGCCACGGCAAGCAAGACCUUGAGCAGCCUUAUAACUCAUGUUUCGCCAUGAGAGACAAACCCGUUACGCUGCUUGACAUCAUGGAGAACAAUUCUCCGCAAGCUGAAUUCGCAUUCUUGUCAGCAUGUCAUACCGCCGUCGGCGAUGAGGAGACGCCUGACGAAGCCAUCCACCUCGCGGCUGGACUCCAGUUUUCGGGGUUCAAGAGCGUCGUUGGCACGCUGUGGGGGGUCAGUGACGCUCUCGCAAAACACGUUGUGGAAGCUUUCUACGAGAAGAUGUUCGAAGACCUAGAGGACGGUAUCAUAGACUGCACAAAGGCGGCCUGGGCACUGAACCGUGCUACACAUGCCGUGAUGACAAAAGUGCCGCUCGAGCAGAGGAUGGUUUUCAUACAUAUUGGUGUGUAGUUCUAUGUGGUAUUGCUGUCGUCUGGUACAUGUUCUUAUCAACUAGACCUUCACGCGGAAGUCACAUCCGCUCACCUGAUCUAUGUAAUUAUAUACUGUAAAUAGUAGUUCCAAUAAAAAUCACUGGAAAAUGC